CUUUAUUUAUUUGAGAGGGGUCAAAGCUCAUUAAGUUAAUGAAAGAUUCAUUGUACAUCAUGUUCAAAAUUUUGAUAUUUUCCAUAUUUUGGCAUAUAUCAAUUCCAAUCUCGAACAUUAAAUACUACUAAAAAAUCAAUCUCAAUCAUAAACCCAAAAAAUUAACUAGGCAUUCUAUUGUAUCAAAUAUUGAUAAAUUCAGAUAUCGAAUCACACCACCUGCUGCCGCCCAAGACCUUGGUUUCCUGAGUGAUCAAUUCGUAUUAAUUGUAGUCAAUCAGUUUCAACGAUGAUGUUGUUCUCGUAGUCUGGAGAUUGAUACCUUAAGGCGGCAAAAGAUGUUUAUCCGAGUUCAACCAACUAGCAAGCCAAGUGUCGCCCCAAAAGCUCAUUGAUUUGCCAUCACGUACACUCAGUAGAGCUCAUGCUUCAUCAAAGGCCAGAUUUGAGUUAAUUAUUAUGUAGUAAUUUUAAAAAAUUAACAUACACAUUAUAGAUACAUUUUGUUUAAGUGAUUUUCCGAUUAACGGGUAGACACCAAAUAAGUAUUUUGUUAAAGAUAUGUUUAAAUUCUCGUAGAGUUCUCUAAGAUCUCAAACCGAUAAAUCUUAAAUUUGAUCUCACUCCGCCAUCAUUCAGAAGAUGUAUUCGUGAGGAUGUAGGUUAUUAAAAAAAAGAAAGACAUUUUGAUAAAAUUAGUGUUGCGCCAGAGUUUAAAAAGCCAAAACGGCAAAACCUCAUCCACUCGGAGCAAAAUCUGGUUCCCAUUUCUACGGCUGGCCGAUGUGCCAUGUCAAAGUAAAAGAUCUUUCAAGUCUCCAACCUUCCUCUAUUUCCCCCUUAUCUACACUCUGCUGCAAUACGCAGCAGAAACCCUCUCACUCUCUUCUCUGACACAUUCCCAACUCAAUAGAAUACCCCGGCACCGGAGCAAGGGAAUUGGUUUCUCCAGAUGAUAAAGGAGGCCGGUUUGGGUUUAUGAGCCUCGGGAAUUCUAUCAUAAUGGACGCUUCAAGAACUUUGCUUUCUUCACCACCGCCCUUCCCUGCAAGAAUCCAAUCGAAAAGCUCCGUCUCUUCUUCAGUGUUGAUGCUACACGAACACGUUGCCCCCUUAGCUUCUACGGUUCCUUCCACUUCUACCGCUCGCCAUCUGCCUACCUCUGCGCUUUUACAAGAGCAGCGCGAUGAGUAUUGGCCUCUCCUCAACCCGUCCAAGGAUGAACCGACAUCUCAGGCAUUGACGGACGGAAGACAGACUGAUAUUGGGACUUCGAUCCAUGAAGGGGAGAAUUCAGAUGAUGUAGACAAAUUGGUGCGGGACUUAGAGCAACAGCUGCUUCACAGUCAUUCUUUUUGGAAUGCAGAGCCAUGUAUACGAGCGGGGAGAAAUCGGUUGUCACCAGAGCCAGCUAUUGGACCAUACAAUGCAAUCGAUCUAGCGAAGGAAGCUUUAAGUGCCUCAAAAGAAGCAGCAUUGUUCGCUGAAAACAUCACUGAUGUUGAUAGUGCCACCAGCUUGAAAUCCCCUACUUCAUCUGGAUUUGCAGCCGAUGGGGUGAAAAUAGUUAGGUCCACUCGCCAUUCAGAGAGGCCUUCCAAGAGUCGAAGAAUGUCACGAACAAAGUAUGCAUUUGAUCAGACUCCAAGUUCUAGGAAGCCUAAUAAUGUACAGAAAAGGACAAAUGAAGCUUUCCAGCUGAAUGAUCCUGUUCGAUUAUUCUUGGCUGCUCCUGAGACAAAACAACUUUUGACAGCUGAGGAGGAAUCUAACAUUGUCAUCCAAGUUCAGGAAAUGAUGAAGUUGGAAGAGGUGAAGAGCAGGCUUCAAUCCCAGUUUGGCCGUGAACCAACAUUUUCUGAAUGGGCUGAAGCUGUAGGGCUCAGUCGUUUUGUCUUGAAGUCACGACUUCACUCUGGUACAAGCUGCAGAGAGAAGCUGAUUAAUGGGAAUUUGAGGAUGGUUGUUCAUAUUGCCAAACAAUAUCAAGGACGUGGUCUUGGUCUCCAGGACUUGCUGCAGGAGGGAAGUAUUGGUCUCAUGAGGAGCAUUGAGAAGUUCAAACCUCAAGCUGGUUGUCGCUUUCCUUCUUAUGCUUAUUGGUGGAUAAGGCAAACUAUUAGAAAAGCCAUAUAUCAGCAUUCUAGGACAAUUCGCUUACCGGAUAACUUGUAUACGCUACUUGGAAAGGUAAUAGAAGCCAAGAGAGGCUGUAAUAGGGAAGGCAAUCAUGAUCCUAGCAAAGAAGAUAUUGCAAGAAAGGCUGGAAUCACUGUUGAAAAGUUGGAGAAGUUGCAGUUUGCUGCAAGAAUACCAAUCUCAAUGCAACAGACUGUUUGGACGGAUCAAGACACUACUUUCCAAGAAAUUACUGCAGAUCAGGGGGUCAUGACACCAGAGGUGGAGGUGGCGAAACAGCUGAUGAGGCGGCACAUUCGUGGCCUACUAACGAUUCUGAGCCCAAGGGAGAGGCAGAUCAUCAAGCUGAGAUUUGGCAUCGACGAUGGCAAAAGGGUGUCGUUGUUGGAGAUUGGUAACAUGUAUGGGUUGUGCAAGGAAAGGGUCCGCCAGCUGGAGAGCCGUUCGCUCAAUAAGCUCAGGCAGUGCCUGGGCAGCCAUGGACUAGAUGCCUACACAGAUUUGCUUGUUUGAAAACGGGGAAGAAAGAACAUGAUCAUGUAAAGACAUAAGAGAACUAGCAUCUUAUCAAACACUCUGUGUAGCUAUUUACUUAUACCUUCUGUAAAUGUUUUUUUCUGCAUGUUCAUAGCUAAUGGCUCUGGUUCUACCGGCUUUUGAAGCAUCUACUUUGAUAUAGAGAGAGCAAUAUGGGACCCAACGAGAAUUCCUACGUUGUUUGUGGAGUCUGGAAGUCCAAACCUUUAUUCCGUUUUCGUGAUGUAGAGAAUGCAUAUUUAGUGGUUGGGUCGUGGAGCAAUGGAAGCAAUGAUUUGCUUUUGCUAUGGGUUAAUCGUCUUUCUUCUCGCUGAGGAACAUUCUAGAACAGAGAAAUCCUUACCGCGAGAGGAUUCUUAGAGCGGAGAGGAAAAGGAAAGAAAGGAACUCAACAUCA